AUGGCAACACGUGAUAGAAAAGAAAGAUUGGCGCAAGUAACUACAACAACAGCACAGAAAAUACCAGUUUACAAAGACAAAGUUCGUCCACAACAACAACAACAGCAGGUCACUACCAACCAUAGUCAACGUCCAUCACAACCAUCCCACUACGUAUCUUCAAAUAAAAAGAAUCUGCAACAACAACAACAACAACAACAGCAAGAAGAAGAAGGAGAAGAAGUGUUAUCACCAGGAGCACUUGCAGAACAGGAAGAAUUGAAAAGACAACAUGAAAGAGAGGAAGAAGCGCAAAAAGCCGAGGACAAUGACAUUGAUGUGGCAGGAUACAAGAAACUGGCCAAGAUUGGUGAAGGCACUUAUGGUGAAGUGUUCCGUGGAUUAUGCAAAAAAACAAAUACCUGUGUUGCUUUGAAACGAGUUCAACUCAAUAUCAGUCAAGGCGGCGUUCCCACUACAGCCAUUCGUGAAGUCGCUUUACUCAAGGAAAUUCAACACCAUAAUGUUAUUCGAUUGAUUGAUUUAAUCUAUUUCGAUACUACUAUAUACCUUGUCUUUGAUUAUUGUGAUGUGGAUUUACGAAAAUAUAUGGAUGAAGUGGGUAGAGAAGGGUUGACACUCAAACAUAUCAAGAGUUUUACUCAUCAACUACUACGUGGUCUACAUUACUGUCACUCUCACCGUGUUCUUCAUCGAGAUCUCAAACCACAAAACUUAUUGAUCGAUCAUACAGGCAAGUUAACUAUUGCUGAUCUAGGUCUCUCACGGGCAUUUGGGGUACCUAUGCGAACAUAUACUCAUCAAGUCAUCACUCUAUGGUAUCGUGCUCCAGAAAUUUUACUUGGAAGUCCUCAUUACUCUACUGCAGUUGAUAUGUGGAGUGUUGGUUGUAUUUUAGCUGAAAUGAUCACCUUGCGUCCUCUUUUUCCAGGGGAUUCACAAAUUGAUGAACUAUUUAGAAUCUUUCGAUUACUGGGAACACCUACAGAAGCGAUGUGGCCUGGUGUGACGGCAUUACCUGAUUACAAUGCCAUCUUUCCACCAUGGAAACCUGUAGAUAUCAAAGAACGAUUGGCAAAAGAGAAAAAUCCUCUUGAAGUGAAUGACUUGACGAUUGAUUUGCUAAAGUCUUUACUUGUUUAUGACCCUUAUAACCGGAUAUCUGCUCAGAAGGCUGAAGAACAUCCGUUUUUUUAUGAUGAUUUAUCCAUGCUUCAGUUUUAA